AUGCCAAAGCGUCUUGGAGCCACAGCAGAUGCAGUUAAUAGUAAGAAGAAUAAAAAGGCCAAAGUGGAACACCAAAACGGAGUAACGUCCACUGCACAUGUGCCGGAUGAUUCUAUUGCUGCAGUCAGUAAAAAACGUUUUGAAGCAUACGUUCAGCAAUGGAUGUCUGAGACAAGUGGGGCACGACGACCACCACCAACAUCACUUCCUUUUGCAGAACCAAUUCCUACUAUUCUGGAUUUGAUGAUGCCACUAACAACGUCUUCUACACAUAAAGAUCCUUUUCUGAAUAAUAAUGGUAUAAAUGUGACGCAUUCUAUUGCUGUUACGGUAAAUAAAAAGGCAGAAGAGCCUACUUUGAUACCUUAUGCAGAAGGAACAGGUGUGGUGUAUGAUGAUGUGAUGCUACAGCAUGAGUCCACGGAUCCAGAAGACUACGAACGUCCUGGUCGUCUUAAACGUACUUUAGAUCAUUUACGUGCGAUUGGUCUGAUGGCAUGUUGUCGUCGUAUUCCACGUCACAUUGCACGUACCAAGGAGCUACGCUUGGUUCAUUCUAUUGACCACAUUGAUAGCGUUGACCAGUUGGAGUUUGCAGUCUCUCUUCGUAAACCUGGGAGUACGUCAAGCAUCGGUCAAGAUCUAUAUGCUAACAUCAGUACUUCUAAGGCAGCCCGUAUGGCAGCAGGAUGUGCUGUUUCAGCAGCACUGAGUGUUGUACGGGGUGAAGUUCGAAAUGCGUUUGCGUUGGUUCGUCCACCUGGACAUCACGCUAGUGCAAACUCCGCAUCGGGUUUUUGUUUUUUCAACAAUGUUGCUGUAGCUGUUCGAGUGGCGCAGCAGGAACUUCGUCAACGAGGAACAUCCGCACCAAAGGCUUUAGUAUUGGACUGGGAUGUACAUCACUGUGAUGGAACAGAGAGUAUUUUUUACGAGGAUCCAUCAGUUGUGGUUGUAUCAAUUCAUCAAUAUGGGUCCGGUCGUGGGCAUGUCUUGCGGAAAACCCCCUCUGUUUUUACGGAUACCAUUGAUGUAAACUCAUUAGCGGCACUUAUGGAACAAACAACUGCAGAGGAACCGAAUAGCAAUGUUAGUACAAGCGAUGGUAGAGAAUGUGGCGGUGAUGAUGGCAGUAAAAAAGAUAGUAUCUCACCAACAGGCAAACGAAAAAAAGAAAAUGAUAAAAAAAAUGACCUCAUUCCACCACCAGAAAGAAAAGUAGAAGAGAAACGUUUGAGAAAACCUGUGGAUUAUGAAAAACUUGCAGCUGAUAUAGGGGAAGAUGAUGAAGCCAUUGCAAGACUUUUUGGUAUUACGUUAGAUGAUAGGCAGAAUGAUAUGUCUUCAUCCUCCUCUGAUAGCAGUAUAAGUAAAAGCAAUGGUUCAUUACCAACCUCAUCUUCCACUAGGGUGGUAGCAGGGAGACUCCCUGGUGACACCGAAGGUUUUUCCUUUGAAGAAGAUGUGAAUGGCGAUACACAUGAGGCAUUUUACCCUGGAACAGGACAUAUUGAGCGUGUUGGUGGUGAAGAAAUAGAGGCUGCACGUGGAAAAAAUAUUAAUAUACCAUGGCCUGUUGCAGGAAUGGGGGAUUUGGAGUAUAUUCAAGUACUUUUAGGUGUAGUUGCACCGGUAAUUCGUGAGUUUUCGCCAGAUAUCGUCUUUAUUAGCUGCGGUUUUGAUAGCGCCUGUGGUGAUUUGCUUGGUGCGAUGCGCAUGUCAGCCUCUGGUUAUUAUUUGCUCACAAAGGCAGUUGCUGCCCUUUGUCCACGUCUGGUGGUGGUACUUGAGGGCGGCUAUCAUCUAUCUAAUGUUGCCCGCUGUUCUGAGGCGGUUAUGCGGGCAUUACUUGAGUGCAGUGGUACAGUGGCGUUACCGCGCAGUGGUAUGUUAUGGUGCCAGACGGAAGAACUUAUAAAGCAGGUUCAACGAACGCAUGAGGGUUACUGGAAAUGUUUUUCUCAGCAUGAAUAA